AUGCGCGCUUCGCCGAUCGGCGCGCGCGCGGCGACUCGCGCGGCGCCGCGGCGCGAGCGACGCCGCGACGCGAAACGGUCGGCCGCGGCGCGCGCGCGCGGGAGCGACGACGCGCGCGCGGGAGCGACGACGACUCGACGACGCUUUGCGCGAGGUUUACAGUUGAGUUUGCUCCCGCUGCUCGCGAAAGACGCGCGAGCGCGCGACGAGGGCGACGCGACGAAGGAAACGCGGACGUUUAGCGUGGAGACGCGCUCGUUUCGCGUCGGUAACGUGCCGGAGUACUUCGAAGAGAUCGAUCUGGGGGACAGCGCCUCGGGCAAGACGUACGAGACGCUGCUGCGGGACAAACGUUUUGGGUUGGCGGGGAACACGAUCACGCUGAGUAAGCAGACCGCCUCGAGCGGCGGGCCGCGGAGUUUGCGCGACAUAGGUUCGAUCGAGGACGUGGCGGCGCGUUUGGUGGAUUCUGAAAAUAAAAAGUCGCGCGGCAAGGCGAACGCCAAACUGCGCGUGUUCGCCGAACGUCGAAAAGAUUCGAUCGAGUACUACGACAUCGUGUACGAAAAGAACGUGCUGGGCGUCAGGCGCGUGAUUCAGUGCACGUUAGCCCUGGACGUGGACGACGCUGGAUCGAGCACGCUUUACACGUUGACCGUGGAGGAGGACGCCGAACGAUACGACGACGCCGAAGCAGAAAUGCGCGCGGUCGCCGACGGCUUUAAAAUCUUCCGUUGA